AUGAAGACCUCUUUCCUCGCUCUUUCCGCCCUCGCGGGUGCCGCUCUGGGCCACACCGGCAAGCAUCUCGAUGACGACAAGCCCAUGUUCUUCAACACGGAGUGGAAGGUCGUUGCGCGCCAGGACUUUGCUCUCAGCUUUGGCGGCUGCCACUCGGGCUGCACCAUCUCUCUCCAGAACGGCGCGACCGAGAACAGCAUGAAGGACGUCAAGGUCCUGACCGAGCAAACGUCCGGUAGCACCUUCAACGUCAACCUCGAAAGCGUACCCGCCGGUGUCUGCGCGUUCAAGAUCAUCAACAACAGCUCGCGCAAGGAGAACUAUGGCCAGAAGAUUGACUUUGAUGGCCCGAUCGCCCCGGCCGAUGCUCCUCCCUCACCGACCGGGAUCGCGCCGGAGGGUUCUCUGCCGACGAGGAUUGGCAACUUGCCGAUCGGCUCUCUACCGACGGGGAUUGGCAAGUUGCCUAUCGGCUCGCUGCCGGUCGGCGGUCUUCCGUCGGGGCUCAGCACCGUCCUCCGUCCGAUCCACCACCAGUCGACCGCUUCGGGGAUCGUGCCUGCGAUUACGAUUCCGCCGGUUAAUGUGCCGGCUGUCGCCACUACCUCGCCGUCUGAUGUUGGCGAGCCAGUGCCUACCACUGGAGUCGUGCCGCCUAACACCACCGCGGUCGGGGGCACUGGCGACCUCGGAAAUGCUACCUCCUCCGUGGACCCGUCUUCUCGGCUGCCCACGACCGUCAUCAGCAGCGUGGCUGGACGUGCCGCAUCUCCUAUGGCGCUCCUAGCGGGCGUUGUGGUCGCCGCGGUGUACUUCCUUUGA